UGAUCACGAGAUGUUUCGCAAUAUAUUCAGAUAGAAAGGCAUUGUUUUACAGAAAGAACGAAUAUCUACAGUGGAACAUGUUGCUGUGAAAAUUUCUGGUAAGUUUGUUCAUAUUUCUACAUUACAUUCACACGAGAGCUGACGAGAUCGCAACUGGACGCAAAUUAGUCGCGUUUCAUUUUAUAUUCACACGGGAAUUCGUGCGGUUAUCUGAGCUCCAAUUGUCCUCCUUCGUGGAUCGCGUGUUAACGCGAAGCAAGACAGUUUAAACUUGAGCAUUGAACGUAGUCUCAGACCAUACUCAAGUUUUCAUGAUUUCUCAUGGGUGUUCUCCUAGGACGUAUCAAACCAGACGAACUAGAGCCUAGCUCUCCGUACCAAUUCCCGUGUCAACACUGCACAUGAAACCGAACUAAUGCGAUGUAUACGGUUCUGAAUUCAUCAGAUUUCGUACGAUCGCGCAGUCUCAAUGUACGAAUUUUUAAUUGUAAGUCCUUUUUAAUGAGAUGCAAGAGCCCCUAGCGGGUUACUUCGUGCGAGCAGUCAGGACUAGUAGAAAUCAGGCUUUAUAAGAUAACCUAAAAAUGUAGAAUAAAAUCAGGUUUUAUAGGGCAAGACCGCUGAAAUUGCGAGUUCAAAUCUCUGUGUAAAUAAGAUAGCAAUUUCCUUUGUUGUUGCUGGGAAAUAUUGACAGUUGUUUUAUAUUUAACAGAUACUUUCAUGGCGAAUAUAAAUCAAUUAGAUGACAUUGAAGAAAGAAUAAAUGUAAUGAUGCCACAACUGGAUGAAAUUAUUGCCAGUCAACAAGAUAUAAGCAAUGAAAUUAUUGACAGACAAGAAGGAAUAAGCGAACGUCAGGAGCAAAUAAAUCGAAGACAAGAUGCAAUCGAACAGCAACUGAAUAAAGUAACGGAAGAUCAGGACGAAAUUAUACGAAAUCAAAAUGUAAUUAAAGAUCAUCACAUUGUAAUAAUAGAAGCACAACUGGAUCAAACUAUUCAAAAUCAAAAUCAUAUAAGAACAAAUCAAGAUGAGAUGAAAGCAAAUCAAGAUGAGAUGAAAACAAGUAGAAAUGAAGAAAAAGAGAAAAUGGAACGUCACUUCGCAGGAAUUAAAAGAAAAUAUGAUGAAAUAAAUUAUCAAGUGGAGGAAACCAAGGUAAGAUCAGAAUACAAAAAUGGCAAGUUUUAAGACUAUACAACUUAAUAAUAGUAAGACUGGAAACUAUGAAAUUCUGCUCUUUGUCACAGACAAUGAGAUUAUUAUUCUGCUAUUCUCCAUGUUGAGCUUAAAUUGUACCACUUCUAAGCCAAUCAAAUUGAAGCUCGGCGCCUACGCCGCUUCAGUGGAUAUAGGCUUGUACAGUAAUCAUCGAGCCUGAGGCGACUAAUUGUUAAAUAAAAAAGCCUAAAAAGUAACUUAAUUUGUACAGUAAUGUGCGUAUUUGUAUAGCCCCAGCGAGUUAACGCUCCGUAGAGCGUCUUGUUGAUAAAUAGAAAAGCCUAAAAAGUAAUUUAAUUUGCUAUAAGAGCAAUAUUAGAGCCUAGAAACAUUUGCUGAUGACACAAUUUUAUCAUGUUAAGGGCAUUUAUCCAUAUAGAUAUCGAAUACAAACUUAACAAAGACCUAGUAAAUGCUCAAAAAUGGUUAUCAGCGAAUAAACUAACAUUAAACAACGAAAAAACUAAAUAUAUGAUUAUUGGAUCUCGGCAACGAUUGAAAAACUUAGAUCACGUGCCAAAAAUCAGUAUAAACGGACAUCAAAUUGAACGAGUUUAUAAAAAAGAAGUUUUGGGUAUAGUUAUAGACGAUAGACCUAGCUGGAACAGGCAAAAUGAAGAACAAUGCAACAAGAUAUCAAAAAAUAUUAAUCUUUUAAGAAAAGCCAAAGAUUUUGUUGGCCUAGACAGGCUAAAAAUUAUGUAUAACGCAUUAGUCAUGCCUCAUUUCAACUACUGUUCAACUGUUUGGCAAAAUAACAACCAAACACACUUAAUAGACAAAUUGUAUAAACUUCAGAAACGAGCAGCAAGAAUAAUAAUAAAUUCGGACUAUACUAUAAGAUCUUCUGACACUUUUCAAAAACUUAGCUGGAAACCUCUUGACUUAAUUUUGAAAAAGCGAGAUCUUUUUAAGACAUUUAAAGCAAUUAAUGGCAUGCUUCCAGAAUACGUAACACAACUAUUUCACACUUGUGAAAACAGUGGUUAUACGUACUGCGCAGUAGUAAUUUAAAGCUGUCUCAACCAACACCGCGGAAAAACGUCUGCGCAUGCGUCAACCUUACCUAUAAUAGUAUUGCGAACUUGAUGAAAAGCUGUUCCGAACGUUUCCGAAGGCUCAAAAUGGCGUUAAAAAGGAGUGACUUCAUUGUGCGUCUUUACAGCCAGAUUUCGAGUGCAAAAAUAAACAUGUCAUUCUAAAAACUAGGAAUAAAUACAGCCAGAAGGUUCAAGAAAUUGUAUUGUACAAUAACAUGAACUAAAGGUGAUUGUUGACAAAUUUAUCGUCUGAAACAUUUUGUUUAUCAACUAAGCAACGACAAUUUCCGAAUUUUCGUUUGAGAUACAUUUCUUUAAAAAAAACUGUGUCGCCAAAUAUAAAAAAUUUUCGUGUUCACAAUAAUUAAACUUUAGGAUUUAUUCUUCAAUUUGAGUGGGUUAAGAACCUUAACUUUUCGAGAGUUUUCUUAACUUUUGAGUUUGAAUUUUUGUUUAGAAUAAUUUUUCAAAAAUUUUCGAAGUCGUGUCCGUUAAAAUCAACAAUUUCUUACAUGAAUUAUAUUUCAUUCCAUACUUUAAAUGCCAGGACGCUUUCAAUUAAUGUCUAGUCUACCCAUUUGCUAUAUUUUCUCGUUUGUUUUACUAAUUUUUGACCAAUUAAUAAGCAUGUUUUUGUUUUAGAAAUUGAUAUUCAAAUUCCCCGCCAUAUUUUCAUAAUUUGGUGCAUGCGCAGACGUUUUUCCGCGGUGUUGUCUCAACCUAGACCAAAAACGAAUUUCUUAAAAAAUAGCCUUUCGUACAGAGGAGCAGCGUAUUGGAAGAACAUCCCAAUAAACUUGUUGAAAACCCUAAGAGAGUCAACAAGUUUAAAAUCUGUCCAUCAUCUAUUAAAUAAUCACAUCUUGUAAAUAAGUAAAUAAGUAUAUUUUGUAAAUAAGCAUAAUUUAUUCUGAAUCUUUUUUUUAACUCGUGGUCACCUGGUCACGCGUGGGCCACGUGUGACCACGAGUUUGUGGUCCGUGUCAUCAAUGAGAUGUCUUGACACUUCUACUUUAACUUAUAGAAAAAUGUUGACGAGAUGAAGCAAUCUCAAGAUGUUAUAAACGUCAAAAGUAAAUAAAAUGAAAAUAAGAAAAGUUGUCGAACAAUUCUGCAUGUUUCACUCGUAAAAACGCUACAUACGUCUAUACCUGAAAACGUUGCAAAGCUUUCAUCCUGUAAGCCCUAAGAUUUUCGUCAUUGCACAAAUUAUUUUACUGACAAAGAUUUGAGCUUACGGAUUGCAAGCUUUGUCAAAAAACGAUCAGUCUGAUGUUUUCCACAAAACAGAACAAUUAUGAGUGAUGUAUUUUUAAUCACUGCCUGAACUAUAUUUUAUCAAAAUGUAUGCAGAGUCAUCUCUGAGAUAUCUGACCAUUAAAGUGCUUAUGUCAUGAUUUAGAAAUUUUAAAUAUUUUUAUCUGUGGUGCAUUUUAUGAAGAAAUGCAAUAUAUCUUUACAAGAAAAUAUACCAUCUUCAUAGGAUUAUCAGCCCUCAAAGUUACCGGAUAUGACAUCAAAUCGGGAAUUUUAUACGCUAGAAACAAAAUAAAUCUAAUUUGCAAUUCCCGGUUUGAUGUCAUAUCCGGUAACUUUGAGGCCUGGGGCCGGUUGUAUAAAAACGUAAUUAGCGCUAACUGUAGUUAGGGUUAAUCACUGUAGUUAAAUCCUUAACUGUAAUUAGUUAACUACAUGACUUAACUGCGUUGCACAAAACGUAGUUAGUCGGGUAGUUAACUAAUCACGUAGUUAACUGUGCGUGGGGCUUGCGUGGGGCGUUUAAACACAAAAUUACAUAAAGUAAGCAGCGAGUAACGACCGCUGACACACAUUUUCAACAUGAUUGUGGACUCGUAUUUUGCAAAUAGGCGGGAAUUUUAUUCAAAACACUAGAAAACAGUGAAAAAUAUACAAGAAAACAAGGAAAAACCGCCACAAAAAUCAUAAAAGAAUGCAGUUUUUCCUUGAGAUGCCUAUGUUAAACCAAGGUAUAGCUGUUUGGCAAUUAUAUAUCAGUGUUUCUUGGUGUAAUGGACCAUACUUCGUCUUCGAGAAAUCGUCCUGUGCAAAAAUAUGUUCUGUUUUCGUAAAAACACCAAAGCGAUAGCGUUUGAAGAGUUUAUAUUGUCAGGAAACAUUCACAGGGAAGAUAGCGAUUGAAAAUCUCAGGUAACCGUUGCUUUUCAUUGUUGUUUUACUGAAAAAUGUUGUUCACUCCUAUACAAACGCCAUUUUUAACUACGUUUUGGACAGUUAACUAUACCCUAAAGCAUAGUUAACUUUAACUACUUUUUAACUGCAGUUAAGGCUAACUACACUUUUAUACAACCGGCUUAACUACGUGAUUAAAGUUAACUACUUCUUAAGGCUUUUUAACUACUUUUUAACUGCAGUUAGUGCUAACUACGUUUUUAUACAACCGGCCCCUGAUAAUCCUGCAAAGAUGGAAUAUUUUCUUUUAACGAUAUAUUGCAUUUCUUCAUAAAAUACACCAAUAACUACAAAUAAUAAAUUACACAAAUCAUGACAUAGGCACACUUUAAAGUUUUUAAUUUUACUAUUCAGGAUAAUGUUGACGAGAUGAAGCAAACUCAAGCAGAAAUGAAAGCAGAUCAAAUGGCGUUUGAAGUCGAGGUAAGGAACCAAUUCGAAAGAAUGACAGUAAUGUUGAAUCAGCUGUUGCAAGGAAGAAAUUUAAACAACAAUGGCGCUGAAGUUUUAGAUCCACCAGUUCCAGUCAACAACAAAGACAUUAUUGUUCUUGGCGGUUGGUAUGCCCCAGGACGUAAAAGUGUAUCCAAUACAGUUGAGAAAUUCAACAUAGUAGAAGGGAAGUCGACUCGGCUACCAAAACUAAAUCAUCCUCGAGCAGCAUCGGCAUCAUGUGUUUACAACGGUGACGUCAUCAUCACUGGCGGCUACGAUGGUCAAGCUGGUACAGACAGCAUUGAGAUUUUAAAGAUAAACCAGGAUUCUUUACGAUGGAUGAUCUUUGAUGGUAAACUGCCGGUCAAGUUAUCUGGUCAUGACGUUAUAGUUUAUCAAGGUAAACUAUACGUCAUGGGAGGCUAUAACGGGAGUGAAAAGAAAACAACCGAUAACAUCUACGAGCUGUCUAUUAUCCCGCCUUAUACUGCCAAGCUGCUGGCUAGAAUGCCUCAGCCAAGAAGAUUACACAGAGCAGAGAUUGUAAAUGGCAAACUAUUUAUCUUGGGAGGAUCGACAACAAACCAUAGUGAAGGCGCCAUUGAUAGCGUUGUCGUGUAUGAUUUCAUCAAGAAUGAGGUCGAGCCAUGUACACCGUUACCCAAGUCUGUCUGUAGAAUGUCCUCAGUUACUUGGGGCAACAUGGUCAUACUUAUUGGCGGUAAGGAUAAGAAUGGCCAGGUCUUAAAUGAAGUCACCAUGUACGACACUGAAUCAGGACAAAGUCAGAAGUUGCCUCCACUGAUACACAAGAGGAGUGGUUCCUCAGCAGUAAUUAUGCAUGACGUCAUUGUUGUAUUGGGAGGAAGAAAUAAGGAGGAGGGAUUUCUCAACUCAGUAGAAAGUUUCACAAUGGGAGAUGAUCAUUGGAGAGAGCUUCCAGGGAUGAAGGAAAAAAGAUACUUCGCAACUGCUAUAUUAAAACCUCCAUGUAAGUACUCCAUAUAAACUUCUUAUUCGUCUUUGCAUGAAUAUCAUAAAUGAUCCAAUAAACGCCCACUCUCUAAUAAACGCCUUCUAUCUCAUAGACACCGCGGUCAACCCAGACUUUGUUAAAAUAGAUGCGUCUCUCUUUAAAAAGCCUGGUAUGUGAUAAACGCUCCUCGCCCUACUGAAGAGUUUUCAAGAUUUAAAUUAUUUAAUUAAACAUUAAUUAGAUUGAACGCUUAUUAAAUUAUUAAUGUUGGGCAUAUAUGUGUAAUGGAAUGUAAGAGCUAUAAAAGUUGAAAAUUUUGACUUUCGUUCACUCUGCAAACUCUUGGAAAGUGUUAUUUAAGAAGCCUAGAUAUGCCGUAUGUAAGAAUAAACGCCAUUCUCUAACAGACGCCUUUAUCUAAUAAACGCCCCCUUCAAGGUACGAAAAUUUAAAAAUGCCCAGGGCGUUUAUUGGAUCAUUUACGGUACUUUGUGCCAUGAGAGUUGAUCAUCAGAUUUAUAAUUUCAUGUCCUGUAGAUACUAAAUAUGCACACAAAAGAAAAUAAAUAACAUCGACUGAAACCUGAUCAUAAAACACGGGCCAUGAGUUCUAACUCUUCAAUGAUGGUUACGGUUCAGGGUUGUUUAAUGCUCAGGCUUCAGUCAAUGUUAUUUAUUUCCCUUUCAUUUGCAUAUUUAGUAUCUACACGACAUGAAAUUAUAACCAUCAUCAAUGACCUGCACUUGGGUUAACUCGCUGAUCUCAAACCCUACCACUGGAUAGUGCAUCCUCUAGGCAGAAAUGAAGACAAUGUCGGCCAUAUUGAUGUGAGCAGCACAAAUCUACUGUGGUGUUGAUGACAUAGUAUAAGAGAUUCUUACAGUUUCUAGUUAUCGCUGAGAAAGGAUAAACAUUGUCUGAAUAGAAAUUUAUCAACAGUCGCCUCUCUUCCCCCUUAAAUUUGCUCGUGAAUAACUGAUGUCACACCAAGAUGGCUGCCACAAGUCUCAUUAUCUAGUGUUUAAAACGUUAUAAAACUCAUUAGAAGAAAUAUGGGAAGAUAUAUUUUUUAAGUUACAUAGGAAAAGACAUUUGCUUCAUAAUGUAGCUAAUGUAAACACGUCGCGAUACGAUUUGCAGAGAUUUUGACAGACUUUAAGAUCUCAUCUGAUUAUAAAUAUUCUGACUUCAAAAUUGGUUUAUUGAAUACAAAAGGAAACUCUAUCCAGUGUUUUGAGAUCAGUGGGUUAACUUUACUGGGAAGCGUAUUGUGUUUCCACUUUAUAUAUAACUUGUAUAAUUUCUAUGUAAAUAUUGUAUGCAUAAAUUACUUUUCCUAUAACUAGUAUUUGUUUCAACAAAGAUUUUCAUCAAUUUAAUCAUGUAAAAGUUUUAGAUAUAACCUAUAUAAUCCCUGUGUAAAUAUUGAACAUG